AUGGAUGCUCGUACACUAAUAGGGCUUUGUCAAUUCAUCAAAUGGCUUUUUGAAAAGCUAGGCAACAGAGUGACUGAGAAGGCCGGCUAUGCCAAUAUUCAUGUAGUUGAUGGUGUCAAUGCAACUGGAGGUGUCACAACUUCUGACACUACUGGUGGCAAUGCAUCAACAUAUGCCAUAGAUCAUAAAGAUGUAGAAGCAACAGUUGUAGAUGGAGGUGCAUGCGUAGCUGGUGAUAUAGGUUUGUGUGAUAGUGAAUAUGUAGUUAGCAGUGCUAGUGGCUGUGCAGGUGAAACAAGCGGUGCAAGUGGUGGUAUAGGUGUAGGUGAAGCUGCCAAUGAGGUGUCGAUCCAGGUGAAGUUGUAG